AUGCUACAGCGCGACAAUUUCUGUGCAUGGAUAUCUGUCGACGAACGCGAGUUGCUUGAGCAUGUAGUCGAGCAAUCGAAAGAUCAGCUUAGUGUGACGUGUUGGAUCGCUUCAGAGGAAGGAAAGGCUUUUGUGAUCAACUGGAAGGAUACUGUCCGCGCGGACAACAGUAUGGGGCGUACGUUCGUAGAUGGCGUAAAGUGCGGCGUAUCAAAGGGAAUUAACAGGAAGGGGUAUCGAAAGGAUGCUACACAGGAAAGGGAUUAUGCUCAACAACGCGGUGCAGCUACGGGAACGGGAGCGGAUCGUCUGCUCGUGUUCUCAAAGCUCGAUGUGACUGACGACGAUAUGUAUUUGGACGCCGGGCCUUCCGACAAACUUGGGGAAAUCAGACUUGAGAUUUCGUACGUUCGAAAAGGCGGUCGCACGAGCCUUCAUGUUACACCGUUCAAGGGCCAGAGUAAGACGCAUGAGAUGAGAAAACUAAUCGGGCAUCACAGUACGAAGCUCGGAAAACUUUUCACAGGCGAAAGGAAACCCGUGCACCGCGUCAAGUCUUUUGGACAUCCGAAGGUAUUCAUCUUCAGGUACCGUCCUCUUGAGGUCCUGCAAGCGACGGGUAUUGCUCCUCGAGAACGUCGAGCCCAACACAACAUCGAUCAUUUGCAAGAUCAUUCGGGAAUUGUUGAUUUGACAAUGGAUAGCGAGGAUGAGGAAGCAUUUCUACAUGAUAAUUCAGUCACAAUAGCAGACGGCAACACUGGAUCGUCUCACCAAUCUGACGAGCAAGUCCCAGUCAUGGAGGAACGAUUCUCGGACCACAAACCGAAGCUGAAGACUCAGAAGGAGGAUCUGAAGGACGUCAAGAUGAAUUUGGAAGACAGGAAGAUAAAGCAAGAAGAACUCGAGACCAAGUUCAAGGUACCAGUGAAGCACGAGGCUGGCGCGGUCAAAGCUGAACAAGGGCAUUCGAUAAAGCAGGAGUCAGAGACAAUAAAGCAAGAGUCGAAGCCGAUCGUAAAAUUAGAGACAACCAGCCCGCUGAAGUUGAAGAAAGAAAAACAGGAUGUGGAACCCCUGAAAUUGAAGCAGGAAGGUGUUGGUUCAGUGAAGUUGGAGUUUGGCCCAGUGGUGAAGAUUGAGAAGUCGAAGAAGGUUGAAGAAGAUGAGCUUGUUAUGCAAAUUCCGACUGUACAGUCGCUUCGGCAAAAGCCUAAUUGUCCUGCUGGACGAAAUCUGUGGCCAUCGUCGCGCAAGAUCAGCAAGCCCUCAAGACCGCCAACAAUGGCCUCCAGACCCACCGUCAACGUCCGAAACACCAAUGGCGAGGCCUCCACCUCCCUCCCUCUCCCCGCGGUUUUGACCGCCCCCAUCAGGCUCGAUGUCGUUCAGCAAGUUCACAAGAGCAUCGCCAAGAACAAGAGGCAGGCGUAUGCUGUGAGCGAGAAGGCUGGUCACCAAACUAGCGCGGAGUCCUGGGGUACCGGUCGUGCUGUUGCUCGUAUCCCCCGUGUUGGUGGUGGAGGAACCCACCGCUCCGGCCAGGCCGCCUUCGGUAACAUGUGCCGUGGAGGACGCAUGUUCGCCCCCACCAAGACCUGGCGCAAAUGGCACGUCAAGGUCAAUCAAAACCAACGCCGUUUCGCUGUUGUUUCCGCUCUUGCCGCCUCCGCUCUUCCUUCCCUCGUCCUUGCCCGUGGUCAUCGUAUCGAGCAGAUCGAGGAAGUUCCCCUCGUCGUUGACGACGCUGCCGAGGCCUUCACCAAGACCAAGCAGGCUGUCGCCCUCCUGAAGUCCCUUGGUGCCUACGCUGAUGUCGUCAAGGUGUCCAACUCGCGCAAGCUCCGCGCUGGCAAAGGAAAGAUGAGGAACCGCAGGCACCGUCAACGCCGUGGCCCUCUUGUCGUCUACAACGAGGACAAUGGCGUUGUGAAGGCUUUCCGCAACUUGCCCGGUGUUGAGAUUGUCAACGUCAGAAGGUUGAACCUCCUCCAGCUCGCUCCUGGUGGCCACCUCGGGCGUUUCGUGAUCUGGACUCAGGGUGCCUUCGGCCUUCUGGAUGAGGUGUUCGGUACCUUCGAGAAGGCCUCUGCCUAUAAGAAGGAUUACAUCCUUCCUUCCGCCAAGAUUGCCAACCCCGAUGUCACUCGUCUCAUCAACAGCGAUGAGAUCCAAUCCGUCGUCCGUCCCGCUGGCCAAAAGGUCCAAAAACGCCCCUGGACGCAAAAGAAGAACCCCCUCGUCAACAAGGCCGUUCUCUUCCGUCUGAACCCCUACGCAAAGACCCUCCGCAGGCACGAGCUCCUCAAGCAGGAGCGUUUGAAGAAGAAGGCUGCUCCCAAGCCCAAGAAGCCCGCGGCUGCCGGCAAGGCCUUCCUCGACACCCUCUUCGCUCCUUAG